CUACACACACACCCUGCCUUCGUCGGAACCCUUUGCUAUGUCACAUGUUACCUGGGGAAGAUUUUCUGUGUGCACAUCUCGUGAUCCGGUUGUCAUGGACACAGCCAUGGAAUUGGGAGCUGCUGUAGCUGGUGCUGAAAUGAGCUCCGGUACUAGAGGGGAGGAGGAGCCCUGGAUAUUGGAACAUCCAAAGUUUAAGGAGAUGAUGACAUUGGAUGUAGCAGAAAGUGCCCAAGUUUAUGCAGCAUUUUUAGUAUACAUGGAUCUUUUAGAAGUAAGAAACUGGCACAAAGUACAGAUAUUGGGCUCAGAUGAACUCCAUCUUGUGUAUCUACUUGGGCAAGAGAAAGGUGACAACGUGCCUCAAGUCAUAAUCCCUACCCCAGUUACUAUGUCAUGCAGCCAUGAGAGGAUUCAACAAUUUUUGAACCUCAGUCACACAUCAGAAGAGGAUCUCAGCACAUCAAAGGAUUGUCUUCUAGGUAUUGUAGAAUCAGAUUCAACUAUUGUUUAUUACAAAUUGACAGACGGAUUUGUGAUACCAGAUCCUCCAGAUUUUGCAGAGGACGUGGACAAUAAACGGUGGAAAAAGAAGAAAAUUAGGAAUUUAAGGUAGCCAGACAAUGCAACUUGAUCUUCAUUCCUAAGGAUUCCUUUUGCAGUUAUAUUUUUAAUAUGCAACACUAGAUAUUUCAAAUGAAUGCAAGUGACAUUAUUUUUUUCAAUUCAUGCCAAUAUGCGGCACUCAGAUAAAAGAACUGGCAACUUUUGUUUACUUUUGGUUACAUUGUCGAGCUUAAGCAAUGACCAAUAAUACAGACCAUCCAACAUGACCCGCCCCACUAGGUACAAAAUGCUCUGUUUCUG